AGUCGCGCGCGCACGGGCCGGGCGUCUCGACUCCCGCGCGCGCUCGACUGGUCCCAGUCCUCGGGAGGAGAAGCGGAGGAGGGAACGAGCGAGGCGGCCCGGGGGAGCGGGCGCGAGCGGCGGCUGCCGGGGCCGCCUGUGCACCGCAGCGAGGGUGGCGGUGGCCUGAGCAGCUCCGAGUGUGAUGAGGCUGCCCUACCUUGCUGCUCCGCUCGCAGCCAGCUGACAGCGCCUGCUCUCAGCACGCCCGGAGGGGAGCCGCGGGGCCGUGACCUUGGCCGAGGAGGUCAGACUGAUCAUCCUUGUAUCUGAGCUACCAAGUUCUGGGUGAAAUGGCUCAGGGAAAUAAUUAUGGACAGACCAGCAACGGGGUGGCAGAUGAAUCACCCAACAUGCUGGUGUACAGAAAGAUGGAAGAUGUCAUAGCACGUAUGCAAGAUGAGAAAAAUGGAAUUCCCAUCCGUACCGUCAAAAGCUUCCUUUCCAAGAUCCCCAGUGUCUUCUCCGGGUCAGACAUUGUUCAGUGGUUAAUAAAGAACUUAACUAUAGAAGAUCCAGUGGAGGCUCUCCAUUUGGGAACGCUAAUGGCUGCCCAUGGCUACUUCUUUCCCAUCUCAGAUCAUGUUCUCACUCUCAAGGAUGAUGGCACCUUCUACCGGUUUCAGACACCCUAUUUUUGGCCGUCAAAUUGUUGGGAGCCAGAAAACACAGACUAUGCUGUUUACCUCUGCAAGAGAACAAUGCAAAACAAGGCAAGGCUAGAGCUAGCAGAUUACGAAGCCGAGAGCCUGGCCAGGCUGCAAAGAGCAUUUGCCCGGAAGUGGGAGUUCAUUUUUAUGCAAGCAGAAGCACAAGCUAAAGUGGACAAGAAGAGAGACAAAAUUGAAAGGAAGAUCCUUGAUAGUCAAGAGAGAGCAUUCUGGGAUGUCCACAGGCCUGUGCCCGGAUGUGUAAAUACUACAGAAGUGGACAUUAAGAAAUCAUCCCGGAUGAGAAACCCACACAAAACACGUAAGUCUGUCUAUGGUUUACAAAAUGACAUCCGAAGUCACAGUCCCACCCACACACCUACACCAGAAACCAAGCCUCCUACAGAAGAUGAGCUACACCAACAGAUAAAAUACUGGCAAAUACAGUUAGAUAGACAUCGGUUAAAAAUGUCAAAAGUUGCUGAUAGUCUACUAAGUUAUACGGAACAGUAUGUAGAGUAUGACCCGUUUCUUGUACCGCCUGACCCUUCCAAUCCGUGGCUCUCAGAUGAUACGACUUUCUGGGAACUUGAAGCAAGCAAAGAACCAAGUCAACAGAGAGUAAAACGAUGGGGUUUUGGCAUGGAUGAGGCAUUGAAAGACCCAGUUGGGAGAGAGCAGUUCCUUAAGUUUCUAGAAUCAGAAUUCAGUUCAGAGAACUUAAGGUUCUGGCUGGCAGUGGAGGACCUGAAGAAAAGGCCCAUCCGAGAGGUCCCGUCUCGAGUGCAGGAAAUAUGGCAAGAAUUUCUGGCUCCUGGGGCCCCCAGCGCCAUUAACUUGGAUUCUAAGAGUUAUGACAAAACCACUCAGAAUGUGAAGGAACCAGGACGAUACACAUUUGAAGAUGCUCAGGAGCACAUUUACAAGCUGAUGAAGAGUGACUCAUACCCCCGCUUUAUAAGAUCUAGUGCCUACCAGGAACUUCUACAGGCAAAGAGAAAGAGAUGCCAUGAAAGGCUGCUCCACGCCGUACUUAGCCCAAGAGCCUUUGUUUAAAGCAAGCUCCUGUCCUCAAAUCGGGGGAAGUCUCUCACAUCCAAGAGGUUAACAAGCCUUGUUCAGUCUAACUAGAAGGAUCGUCCUUGUCACGUGAAAGCUGAAUGGAGCCAUCACCCAUACCUUGUAGCCCAUCGCUGUUACCUGGAGCUGAGGAUGUUAGACCAAGAUAUUGCAUGAACGAAGGACCUGAAUUGUUCUUUUCUGUGUGCACAUAAAGGCAUUGCAUUUGCCAAGGAACUCUGUCAUCUCAUUGCCUUCAUCUUCACCUGUCGUCUGCUUCCCUCUCUCCUCGUAUUAAGCUGGAUCUGUGUCCUUUUCUUUUUAAUGAGUUUAAGUGAAGGAAAACGUUAUUUUCCCCCCCUCCCUCUCUUUUUCAUAAAGCUUCUGCUAGAUGCACAGUUCACUGAAAAUUCAGUCAGUCACAAACUGGACGAAUUGUAAAAAGAAAAAAAAGUAUAUAUCACUAAGUACAUACAUAGCUUCACAUUUAUUAAAUAAUAAAUUGGCACGGAAGGUAUCCUUUCACCCGUGUAUUCACAGUCUAAAACAAGCACCCAUUUUCAUGUGUCCUCUGGACAUUGUCUGUUCAUGUUUCUUGCAUUUAUUUUUAUACCAUAUUUAAAUGAGAAAACACCUUUUACUCCAGAUGUAUCAAAGUUGACCUCUUCUCUGUAAAUUUGUGUAUGUUUAUAUUGUUGUUUUAUCUUUCAUUAAAAGAUGCAGAAUCUCUUUUGUUU